UUUAACGGCCGUCGGAGUUUGCUGCAGUCCGCAUUGCGCCGCUUCAUCCUCCCCCUGUUGAUUCACCGGUAAUAUGGCUCUGAUAAAUGCAACAGCAAAUGUCAUACGGUCAUCCUAAUAUGCACAUUUCUUCAAUUAUCCACCAUUGUUGUUGUUUUAUGCACAUGAAACAAAGAAAUAAAUAAAAACAGUCCGCGGAAGGCCCUCCCCUUUUCACGACACCUGCGUCUCGCGCUGACGUCCGACGUCACGCCGCCGUCAGAGACGUACUAAACAUGGCCGCUCCCUGAUUCAAGCCGGACUUUGGGCAUUUUGCGCAGAUUUAACCAAUUUAUAGGCAUAAAUCAAAGAUGAUAUGUACUGAGGAGAAAAUAGAAAAAGUGAUGGCAUCCACUGAUGAAGAGGAAGUGGGGGAGGAGGAGGAGAAAGAGGAGGAGGAACCAGUGCCCCAGAGCACAGACAAGAUUGAGGAAAAGGUGCUGCCGGCUGAUCAACCCAAGGAGAAAAAGGAGGCCGAGGUCCUGAACCUCAACAAUGAAGUGGUGAGGAUGAGGAAAGAGGUGAAGAGGGUGAGGGCUCUGGUCCUGAGGAAGAUGAUGCGGCAGAUGUCUGCCCUGAGGAAGAAGAAGGGUAAAGAGACAGACUUGCAGAGGAAUCAGAGGAGAGCUGACAGGCUGCUGAAGGAGAUCCAUGCCCUGAAAGCCCUCAGGCCAGACGAGGUGACCAAGACAGCCUUGAGGAAGAACCUCAGCUUUGAGCUUGUGUGCAAAAACCCAGAGUCCACUUUUUCUGAGCGGGCCAUAGUGCGCAUCGCCACCCAUCCUCAAUUCAGCAAGAAGAUCGAGGCCAUCAAAGCUGCUGUCCAAGCCUUCAAGGAGGAGAGGGUGAAGGGUGGAAAGCAGCGAGGGAAAAAGGGAAAGGCACAAAAUCAAGCUGAGAAGGCGACUGUGCAGCCAAAAGUCAGCCAUAAAGGAGGAGGAGGAGAAAGAGAUGAUGAGGGAGAGGACGUGGAGAAAAAAGAAAUGUUAGAUGAUGAGAAUGAUGAGGACAUCUUCAGAGAUGGAGUAAGUGCAACUACUGACGAACGCUCAGAAAAAGCAGCUCCAUCAGCUGAAACCAGUACAUUUUACAGCCAGAAAAAGCAAGAGACUAAAACUGCAUCCACAAAAAACACCCAAAUGAAGGACAUUGUGAAAAAUCCACCACAAAGUAAAGCUGCAGAAAAGAAACCCAAUCUUAAGCCUGCGCCUAAAUUGCUUGAGAAAAAGGAAGACGAGGAAGAAAGUGACUUGGACUUGUCGUUAGAUGUCGAGGAGAAAGAGUACUUUGAUGACAGCACAGAGGAGCGCUUCAACAAGCAGUCCUCCCAGUCAGAGGACAGUGAUGAUGAAGACGACUUCUUCCUAGGAAAAGUGAGCAAGGUCAAGAAGAAGAAGAAGAAAAAGGAGACAAAGGAGAAGAAGAGUGGGGCGAAAAGUGACUCAACAGACGUUCUGAAAUCUUCAAAUCAGGGCCAGAGCAAACUUGAUGAACUUGAGUCCAGGCUGAGCUCCAAACCGACUUCGCUUCAGUCUGUCUUCUGUUCAUCUCUGUCUCGGUCGAAGCCGGGAGGGGGCACUCAGGGGCAGGGGGGCAGAGGCAAGAAUAAACCUGAAGGCCAAGGGAAACUGAAGGGUGACAGCCACCCACCUAGAUAUGUUCCUCCCUCUGAGCACCAGAAGAAGGCCAGAAAGCCAGAAGGAAAACCUGGCUUCAGCAGCAGCAGACACCCUGACUCAAGGGGAAGGGGCUCGGCCCCGGCAGGGAGAGGGAGGGGACGGGGCAGCAGUGAUGUCUCUAGGCAACAGGAUCUUAAGCGGGGAGGUGUCUUUUCACAGCGGGCACCGCAGCCAGCACUGCACCCAUCGUGGGAGGCCAGUAAGAAAAGGAAGGAGCAACAGGGACAAAUCCAGGCCUUCCAGGGGAAGAAGAUCAAGUUUGAGGACGAUGACUGAACCUGUUUAGUUCUUUAUGGAGGCUGAGCGCACAAUUUGGGUUGGGAGGGCCACAUGGCUUGUUUGAGUGUCUCGUACAUUAAUUAUUUCUUCUGUGUUUUGUGAAAUUAGAGCAGUGGUCAUUGUAAAGAUUUAAUCCUGUGACAUUGCUGUGAUCAGUCAGGUCGAGAUCAAUCAGGUCGCUUCUAUUUGUUUCUACUAUUUGUCCGUUUGUUUUGUAUAAACAAUAAAAAAAAACUCCCUUA